AUGGCCAAGGACGCCGAGCUCAAGGAGGAGAAGAAGAAGAAGCGCAAGUCUGAGGUCGCGGACCUUGACGUCGACGCCGAGGCCAAGAAGGCCAAGAAGGAGAAGCGCAAGAGCCUGGCUGCCGAGGACGGCGAGAAGGUGCCGAGUUCGAGGUUCCCCUUGACGCCAUCACCCCCCAUUGCCGUCCCCCUCGCUGGCAAGAAGCUGAGCAAGAAGGUCCUCAAGACCGUCAAGCGUGCCUCCAAGGCUCGCCAGCUCAAGCGUGGUGUCAAGGAGGUCGUCAAGUCCCUCAGGAAGGGCGAGAAGGGCCUCCUCGUCCUUGCCGCCAACAUCACCCCCAUCGAUGUCAUCUCCCACCUCCCUGUCCUCGCUGAGGACACCCAGGGCGUCGAGUACGUCUGGGUGACCAGCAAAGAGGAGCUCGGCGCCGCUUCCGGCACCAAGCGCGCGACCUCGUGUGUCCUCAUCUGUCACUCUGCUAACGCUCUCUCCAGCUCCGCACCAAUUAAGCGUGGCAAGGACGCCAAGGUCGCCACUGCUGAGGAGACUGCCGAGUGGAAGGAGGGCCUCGAGGAGUGCCUGGAGGAGGUCAAGAAGCUCGAGACCACCGUCAAGUACUAG